AUGGCAACCGAGAACACAGACUCUUCGCGGGAGGCAACGGCUUCUAGCGAUUCGCCUACUGCACUUCCUAUGACAAUCUACACAGACUCAAGCUUCUUCAAAGACCAUCCCGGGGCUACGCUUCCCAGCCCAGCCGAAGUCAGAGCCAUCAAUAUUGCAACGGGCGAUCCCUGCGCAGAUGAGUUCGACAGUCCACCACCUGUCGUCAUUCGUGAUCUUGAUCGUUUCAUCAAAUAUGGUCGCUUCGUGACCAUUGUCGAGGCCUCGACUCAAAUCAUGGUUCGUGAGAAGCUCCAAGGCAAAGUGCCGGUCCCUGAGGUGUUUGGUUGGGUAGACGAUGGAGGACAGGGAUUUAUAUACAUGUCCUUGGUCGAAGGAGAUACUCUGGAGGAAAGGUGGAUUGAGAUGGCUGAAGACGAACGGCUGGAUGUCUGUAAGGGGCUGAGGGUCAUGGUGGAUGCAUGGAGAGCUUGGAAGCAAGAUGAGAGUGAAAGGUGCAUCGGGAAACACUUGAAGCAGCCCUUGAACGACAUCAUACUUCGGGAUUUUCCCGAAAGCUUAGGGCCAUUCGAAGAACCAGAUGCUAUCGAGAAAUUCCUCAUCACUUGCGGCAUUGGGAUCAACGACAAGAAGGACAUCGUGUUCACGAAUGCCGACCUUCUCCCGUCAAAUAUAUCAUGCUGA